UUAAAGGUAUUUUGUUAAACAGUAGGUUUUAUAUUUUGUAUAAUUUUUUUAUUGUUUAAUACUAUUUUAAUAAAAUUUUUUUAAGCAUAAUUUUUUGCUAUGUAGAAACAUAAAGAUGGGUCAAUCUUUGACAUUUCAUAAAAAAAACAAAGACUUUAUUUACAACAAGGAGUUUAGGUUAAAAUUUAGUAAUUGUAUUGGAGUAAACUGGAGAACUCUUGGACGUUGGUUAAAUAUUAAUGACAGCUAUUUAGAUAUGAUAGACAAUGAUAAUCCCAAAACUGCAGACAAAGCAUAUUCAAUGUUAAAAACAUGGAUUCAAAUGAAUGUCAACCCUUCAUUGGAUGAUUUAAAAACAGCUUUGAAAAAAAUGGAGAGGUUUGAUCUAAUAAGAGAAAUAGAGGAAUUAACAAAAUCUACAAAUAAUCCAAAGAAUUGUGCCAGUCCCUUUUCAAAGCGAGAAAAUUGUGCAGCACUAAAAAGAUUUUAUCUUGAAAGUUGUGAGAAAACUUCUAAACUUCGACCUUCAUUAAAGCAUUUCUCAAGUAUUAAUAUAUUGCAUGAAUUUGUUGAUUUGAGUCUUGUUGAUGCAGUGAGUACCCAAAGGAACAGCAUUAAUAACAUUGAGAGGGAACAGUUUCUUAAAAAACAAAUGAGCUACAAACCGAUUCCAUAUCAUGAAUUAUUUUCUAAUGAAAAAUCUUUACUAUUUAUAUCUGGCAGUGCUGGAAUAGGAAAAACAUGGUUACUUAAAAAGUUUUUGCUUGAUUGGUCAAAUGGUUUUAUAUGGAAAAAUAUUGAUUUGUUGUUUUAUUUCGAAUGCAGGAAAUUUAAUUAUUACCAAAAUAUUUCUAGUAUUAAUGAAUUGGUUCAUAUUUUCUAUGAAGAUGUUGUUAAAGAUUUUGACAUCAAUAGUUAUUCCAUAAUGUUUGUGAUUGAUGGUCUAGAUGAGUUUAAAUAUUUAGAUGAGCUAAUAAAUUGCAAUUUUGAUUGUACUUACCCCAUUGUAAAAGUUUUAUCAGAGAUUCAAAAGUAUAAAUGUGUAGUGACUGGGAGACUGGAAACAACUGGAAAAUUUUUUGCUAUUGAACAAUACCAAAAUAUGUUUUUACAUCAUGAUGACAAGUUAGUCAUUCAAAUUAUGGGUUUUAAUGAAAACAGUAUUAACAACUAUAUUGAAAAAAAUUUAGUUGAAGAUGCAAGAGAUUAUAUAAAAAGAAUUUUAAGGGAGUCUUCAGUUGCAAAGUCCAUGGCGUCUGUUCCAUUUUAUUUAUCUUCUAUGUGUAAAAUUAUUGCUGACUUAAAACAAGAUAAUCAAUUUAUGUUCUUAACUAUGACAGAUUUGUACGCAAAUAUUUUUUUGUACUUUUUGCAAAAACAUAUUCACAAAAAUGAUGAACCAUUUUAUAAGAUAAUAGAAAAAGAUCAUAAUAAGAAAUAUAUUUUACAGAUUUGUAAUAUUGCAUAUUAUUUAUUAAUCCAAAACAAUGUAAUUUUUUCCAGAAAAGAAAUUAGUUUUUUUAUCAAGAAAUUCGAAGAAAUAGAACAUGAACUUUUUGGUUUUGUUGAAAGGAUUGAAACGCAUCAAGGAUAUUUUUAUCAAUUUUCACACUUAUCAAUAAUGGAAUUUUGUGCUUCUUUAUAUGCGUAUAAUAAUAUUAAUGGCGAAGUAAUAGUACUCAAUAAAAAGCUGAGAUGUUGUUUACCAAUGAUUUAUGGAUUAACCAAUAAAAAAGAAAAUACUUUUUUGUAUUUACUAGCCAAUUUGUCUAAUUCAAACUCGGAAAAGAUAUCUUUAGUUCAUAUCUUUUAUCUUUCAGGCGUUGAUGAUUUUAAUACGAUAUUUUAUGAAUGUUUUUAUGAAAGCCAGUCAUCAAUCACAGAUGAAAUAAAAUCAUUUGUCGAUAAACAACGACGUUGGGCAAUUUCGAUCAAUGGCGGAAAAACCUCCUAUGAAACUACUUGUGAAAUUUACUUUGUGAAUCAUUUUAUAAAUUCUGGAAGGAAGUUAUCAGACUUAAGUGUUAAUAAAAAAGUUUUAAGUGACGAUGAAAAAAAUCUCAUAAUGAAAAGUUCGACAAAUGUUCGUUAUGUCGCCCUUUAUCAUCCAAUUAAAUUUGACAAUUGGAAACCAAAAGAUAAGAUUGAAGAGUUGUUGAUUUACAUCUCCAGAUAUUCUAUAUCAAAAGAGGAUUUUGAAGAUUGUUUUCUUCCAUGGGUUAAUGUUUGUGAAGAAUUACAUUUAUCCCUUCACUACGAUAUCGACUUUAUAAAAGAUAUUUAUAAAUGGCUUUUAUGUCUAAAUAUCAAGAGAGUGAUGAUUAGAUACCGUGGAGAAUCUUUUUGUAGUCUUGAACAAUUAAAAAGCUAUUUCAGCAAUAUAAAUGUUGAAUAAAGAAUUUUAUUAAAUAUUAACAAAAAUCAAAUUUUAUAAUUUUUAAACUCAUUUCUGUAAAUUUUAGAGAAUAAAUAAUAACAUAUGCGAAAAGUGUGAAAAUAAACAAAACAGACUCUUGUGUUGCAUGACCACAACAAAGUUUAAUCAGUUGAACAGAAGUUCUAAAAGUUUAAGAAAAACAAAAAUUUUUUUUUUAUAUUUUUUUAUAUAUUUGUUAAUAGUUUUUAUAAACCUUUUAUAAACAAACUUUAUAUAUUUGGAAUUUAAGAAAUUUAUAUACGUUUUCUGGAAUUUUAA